AGCUCUUCCUUGUAAGAGAAGGAAUGAUGGAAUUAGACUAUCAUCAUUUGGUGAUAACUGUAGUAUUAACUGUUUAGGGCAAGAACCACCAAUGGAUAGGAUGCUAAAAUUGGUGGAUGAGCCUAUGAGAAACGAUAUUUAUGCAGUCUCAAAGUGUAUCCCUCCACAAGAUAUUGCUUAAAUGUAAAGGGGAGUAAGAAGGGAAGGUACUUUGUAGUUACUAAUUAGACGCUGCCUUGCUCAAGUGCUUCCUACUUUCCUGGGUAGAAGUGAUGAGGGGAUGGAGGGUGGAGAAUGGGACACAGAGGCUGUCUAGAGAUGGCACCCUUCUCAGGUCCCUUUCUCAUCUGCAAGCUUGUGACUGUAAGGCCACUCUCUUCCCACACUCCCCAGAGUCACUCCUUCUUCUACCAAAGCCAGUACCCUCCUCUGCACUCAGGGUUAGGCUCCAUUCUGGUUGUGUUUGUUCACUUAUUGACGGUAUGUUGUGUGCAAACCCCAGGGGAUUCAGCAUUAAAUAAGACAAGCCCUUGAUCUCGAGGAUCUUCCAGCCAGGGCUAGAGGAAAAUAUCAAAUAAACUAUCAUAGCCCUUUGGUUCUGUAGAAUUAUGCAUGGGACACACAGGAGUACAAUGGGAGGGAUCAAACUAGCUGAUGCGCACCUGUGGGGUUCUCAAAUGAUCGAGGAUACUUUCACAUUAAUUGGUAAAAGCCACAUGCUGAGCCCCUGACCACUUUCCUUCACUCACAUGCCUCAAGAGAAUAAUUAAAGGAUUAAACCCAACACAGCAGAGGCCUCUAAGAUUACUCUUAUGUUUCUCCACUCCUUUCUGAUUGCCCAGUCCUGCAUGAGAGGCCAGACAAGGCUUUCUGGAAGAGAUGACAUGUGUGCCAAGAAUGCAAGGUGAGCCAGGAUGGACCAUGAAGCCGCCCAGCUGGAGCAGCAGCAUGUGCAUGAUGUGUAUGAGAGCACCGCACCAUACUUCAGCGACCUGCAGAGCAAAGCAUGGCCUCGCGUCCGCCAGUUCCUCCAGGAGCAGAAGCCGGGCAGCCUCAUUGCUGACAUAGGUUGUGGGACUGGAAAGUAUCUUAAAGUGAACAGCCAGGUGUAUACCCUGGGCUGUGACUACUGUGGGCCAUUGGUAGAGAUUGCCCGGAGUAGAGGAUGUGAAGUCAUGGUAUGUGACAACCUUAAUCUCCCCUUUAGGGAUCAGGGCUUCGAUGCCAUCAUCUCCAUAGGAGUCAUACAUCAUUUUUCUACAAAACAGAGAAGAAUCAGAGCAAUUAAAGAAAUGGCCAGGGUCUUAGUUCCUGGAGGCCAGCUGAUGAUUUACGUGUGGGCCAUGGAACAAAAGAACCGACAUUUUGAGAAACAAGAUGUGCUCGUUCCAUGGAACAGGGCUUUAUGCUCCCAGCUUUUCUCAGACUCCAGCCAGCCUGGGAGAAAGCAGCAGUGUGGACAUCCAGAAAGAAGCCAUUCCUACCACCCUCCUUGCUCCAUCUGUAGCUGUUCUGUUUGUUUUAAAGAGCAGUGUCCUUCAAAACGGUCCCACAGCAUGGACUAUGAACCACUGAUGGCUGGAAACUGUUGUGCAGAUGUUUCUAAGGAAGGGGAGGAAGAAAAUGGAUUCUAUAACACCUUAGGAAAAUCUUUUCGUUCCUGGUUUUUCUCUAGGUCUUUGGAUGAAUCAACUCUGAGGAAGCAGAUUGAAAGAGCAAGACCCUUGAAAAAUACAGAAGGUUGGGCCAAUAGCACAAUAUCCAUCCAGCCUUCCAGAUACUCCAGCCUAGACUUAGAUCAUCAAGAGCCAUUUUCAAUAAGAGAACAAAAUUUAGACGAAGAUGUGUUUGUGGAGACUUCUCAGAAACCACUGGAGUGGCCGAGAGCAUCAGCCGCAAUGAAACAUCUACAUGGAGACCAACAAGGAGAAGUUAGGAGAAAUGGAGAUGGGAAUUUUCUGGAAGGCGCCCAUCCCAGUGACAAUUGUGUGAAUGCCGGUAAUGUGAAAGUUGGGAACCCUUCUGCUAGUAAAAUACUGAAAAGGAUUCCUGCACUCAACUCCACAGAUUCCAACCCAGACAAGACAAUUUCUGUCAAAGAACAACAGCCCAACGUUUUGGAUUCCAGAGCCUUUAUGCGCUACUACCAUGUGUUUCGAGAAGGUGAGCUCUAUGGCCUGCUGAAGGAGCACGUGGCAGAGCUGCAUGUUCUGAGCUCUGGGAAUGAUCAUGGCAACUGGUGUAUCAUUGCUGAAAAAAAGGACAAUUGUGACUGAGUGGAUCAUUUUAGACAAUUCCUCCAAAAGGUGAACCAUGUUCUUUUUUUACUAAGUUUGGUAUGGUUACCUGGAUUUGCGUCCAAUUUUACUAUUUUUAAUCCAUUUAUGCUUUGGUUCAUGGAGAUGAUGAAUUGAUCAUCUUUUAAACCUUCAGACGAACAUAGAGCCUGGCAUGUAAAACAUUUGACAAAGGAUGUUCAUAAGUUAUCUAUAGAGGAGAACUGAAGAAGCAAUAGGAAAUGAACUUCAGUAUGGUUUUCUUCCCUGAAAGGUGAAAUUAUUUUGAGGACACACGUAUAUCAUUUUUCAGUAUUACAGGCAGAUUUUAAUAGAUUCUGGUUGUUGACUUUUUUUUUUAUUACUAUUGAAGUAGAGUCAACAGAUGAUAUCAUAUUAGUUUCAGGUGUACAAUAUAGUGAUUUGACAAUUCUAUAGAAGAUUCUGUUAAGUAAUACCUUCUGAUAACAGCAUUUUUAUAAAGAAAAGGGGGUGAGUUCAUCUUCUCAGGUUACACUUUGGAUCCCUAAGAUAUCAAGUAAACCUGUUCUAAUGCACAGAUGUAAAUUGAAUCACGUGAUACAUUACUUUGUUGCCGAGGCCUUGCUCUUAAAGUCUUUUGAAAAGCAAUAGAUGGGGGAGAGAGACAAGAAGUGUUACAAGGACUUUUCUAAAUGAUAAGCAGACUUGCUUCUAAAUACGUAAGUAACAAAAUUUUCAAUGUUGCUCAGAAGGUUUUUAAAGGCACUGUGAGCCUGUAGAGAGUGGUAUGUGGGGUACUAGAAGCUGUGGCAUGGACCCAGGUGGUAUUUUCAUGACCUUAUUGGAAGCAGGAAUAUCUGGUUAAGAUAAGACCAAGAUUGACUAUGGAAUGAUGCUUUUCUUAUGAACUGAAGGAGUAUUUAGGAAAUGAGAAUCUGGUUGAAGCACUGUUUUAUUUUGGCUCUCAUUAUAAAUAUGUUAUUAAGGAGCAAGUUAUUUGUCCUAGAUAGAGGAUCUGUUGUUGGAUUUUUUUUAAAUCUGGGCAUUUAUCUUAUUGAAAGCAACAUUUUAUCAGUUAUAUUAGGGAUUUAGGCAGAAUAAAUUCCUAUUAAUUUAAGGUUUAAUUUCUGCCACUUUGUACACAAACAGACUGGGUGUUGUAGUCACUGCAUCUGUUUAGAUUAACCAUGGGUCUGUUUACAUCUACAUCAUGGGUCAGGAGACAGAUGACAAAAGUCUCUUUAAUCUAUGGAUCACUAUAAUCCUGGAUAAAAAUCCAAUUCUUGUUUUGUGUAAGAUUUCAUUUGUUUGGGGUUCUUUUUCCCUUCCGUGAUUUUGCUCUAUCUUAAAAUAAUGCUGCUAUUUUCAGAGAAACCUAAAGGAUUAUUUUUAAUGCUUCUCUGAAAAUGACUGAUGUGUAUAUCUCCUUUGGCUUUAAAAUGAGAUCACAUCAUCACCUUUCUGGUUGAUGAGAUUGUCUGGUGGACAAUAUGGAAGAUAUGGGAUCUGUAGUGUUCGGUGCAGAGUUUGCACUAGAGGGACAAUGAAAACAGACCUAGAAGUGGAAUAUAAACUAAAAAUUAAUUUAGUGUCUUCCUUUUUUUUUUUUUAAUUUUAGGUAGUUAACACACAAUGCAAUAUUGGUUUCUGGAGUAGAAGUCAGUGAUCCUUCAGUUGUAUACAACAUCCAGUGCUCAUCCCAGCAAGUGCCCUCCUAAUCUCUACCCCACAUCUAGCCUAUCCCCCACCCAUCUCCCUCCAUCAACCCUCAGUUUGUUCUCUAUCAUUUAGUCUUUUAUGAUUUGUUUCCCUUUCCUUCUCUCCCCUUCCCGUAUGUUCAUCUGUUUUCUUUAUUAAAUUCCACAUGAGUAAAAUCAUA